AUGAUGAAAUUUCACAGAAAUGUAUUAAUUCAUCGUGAGAACAUUUAUAAACAAACCACCCUAAUUAAACAACAACAACAGUCUCGAUUGUUAUCUUCCAAGACCUCCAACGAUGAUAAUGGUUAUGAUUUCCAGAAGGAAUGGGCCCAAGCCAAACCCUUCGAAUCGAUACCUCAAGAAAGUCGACUCUCAAUGCUGAUGAAAUUUUUACCCGGUGGUCGAUAUGCCAAUCUGGAUGCCACCAAGCUGAUGUUGGCAAUGAAAAAAGAUUUCGGAGAUAUUAGCCUGCUGAAGGGAAUGUUGGGCAAAAAAUCGUUUGUUGUCACCCAUAACCCGCAAGAUUUUGAAAUGGUGCUACGCAAUGAAGGUAUUUGGCCGGUGAGACCGGGUUUGGAGGUGUUGGCCCAUUAUCGUAGUGUUUUGAAGAAAGAUUUUUAUCAGGGCACCGAGGGACUUUUGUCAACGUCCGGCGAAAAAUGGGGCAAUUUCCGUUCAGUUGUAAAUCCGGUUUUAAUGCAACCGAAAAAUGUAAGGCUAUAUAUGCACAAGAUGUCGAAGGUUAAUCGGGAGCUAAUGGAAAGAAUCCGUGCCAUUCGUGACCCUCAAACCCUGGAAGUACCCCCAUCCUUUGAGGAGGAAAUAAAUCGCUGGACUUUGGAAUCCGUUUCCAUUGUGGCGUUGGACAAACAAUUGGGUCUGCUCUCCACAAAUCGCAAUGACCCCAAGGCCAGGAAAAUUUUCGAUUCAUUGACGGAAUUCUUCACCCUCGGUUUCGAAAUCGAAUUCCAACCUUCCAUUUGGAAAUAUAUUGAAACCCCAACAUAUAAGAAACUUAUCAAAGCCAUGGAUACAAUGCAGGAUACCAUUGCCAGUUAUAUUCAGGAGGCCAUAGAACGCAUGGAGGCUGAGAAGAAGGCUGGGUUGCCCUCCAAGCCCGAGCAUGAGCAAAGUGUGCUAGAAAAGCUACUCAAAGUGGACAAGAAAAUUGCCCAAGUUAUGGCCAUGGAUAUGUUGUUGGCUGGUGUGGAUACGACAUCCACCACAUUUGUGGCCCUACUGUUGUGCUUGAGUAAAAAUCCCGAUAAACAAGCCAAGCUUCGCGACGAGAUAAUGCGAAUUUUACCCGAAAAGGAUUCCGAAUUCACCGAAGAAGCCUUCCGAAAUAUGCCCUAUUUAAGAGCCUGCAUCAAGGAAUCACAGCGUGUCUAUCCCUUGGCUGUGGGUAAUGUUCGAGUAAAUCAAAAAGAUGUGGUAUUGAGUGGUUAUCGUGUACCAGCCGGACAGCAGGUGUUUAUGGUCUCAGCAUCAUUGAAUCACGACGAGAAGUACUAUCCAAGGGCCAAUGAAUUUUUACCCGAACGUUGGCUGAGGCAAGAAAAGAGCACUCCGUCUGUGGAGUCCCUAAAGCCUAGCAGCCCGUUUGUGUUCUUACCAUUCGGCUUUGGACCACGCAGCUGUAUUGGUCGCCGCAUUGUUGAAAUGGAAAUUGAAUUGGGUAUUGCCCGUUUGAUUCGAAAUUUCCAUGUGGAAUUCAACUAUCCCACGGAGAAUGCCUUCAAAUCGUUGCAAAUUAAUAUUCCAAAUAUUCCGCUGAAAUUUAAAUUUACGGAUGUUUAA